CACAUCCUGCCAGGACAUUCAUCUCACUUGUGAUACCCUCGCCUCCUCGUGUUCGAAGAGGCAGCGCACGAAGGUCACAAAGUCAUCCCUCUCCCAUCGCUCGACUGGACCUUCAAAUCGGCGCCUACGACCGCUCCUGCUCCCGCCAAGAUCUGUGAUUUGGAUCGAUUUGAUCAAAGAUGCCGUACCCUUAUCAUCCGAUGAAGGACAAGAUGGAGAAGCUGGACCAGUUUGGAUUUAAUGCCAUGGCCAAAUUGAAGGAUCAAAAGGCUGCGGGGACCAAAACAAGCAUGAAAGACCGCUUGGACAUGUCCCGCACAGCAGCGGAUAGGAGGUGGGAUCAGACUGCCAAAGCUCGGAAAGAAGAGGAGCAGGAGGAAGCGGGUCAAGCUUCGAACACAUCCGCGACCGCAUCCUCCUCGCGAGGCGCACCUCCUCAUCCCCCAUCUCGCUCCACUGCCUCCUCCACUCUCGCUGGUCCUUCUCCUCUCCCUCCUUCCCGUGCCAACUCGAACAGGCCAACUCCAGCGCUACCGCCCCGAAUGGCCAACGAAGCUGGAACGAAUAAUCCACCACCGGCGUAUGGCAGCGUUGUUCCUCCUCCAGCUCCUCCUUCCAGAAAAGUAUCAACGGGCGGAAAUGCGACAUUUAAGUGGAGUCAGAUCUCGCAAGCGGACAAGCAAGCGUUCUUCGAACUGCUAGAUGAGUUCUUUGCAGAGCUCACAGCGCGCACCUCCUCCGCACCCAUCCCAGGUGCGGUCACCCAGCCUCGUCCGCCGUCUUUCGCUCCCAAACCCUUGAGUGCCAAGCCCCCUUCUUCACCUUCGAUCCGCGUGGCGCCGGUCAAAUCCUCAGCUCCCGUCCCUGCCUCAACAGGCUCUUAUCCACUGCUCACGGCGUCUUCGAAGCCGUAUGACGAAGAAUCUACAGCUCGGACACUGGUCGAUCAAUUCAUGUCAAAGACGGGCCCUGAAUGGACCUUGCCCAACGCCUGGUACGCACAGUCACCCUACGCUCCUUCCUUCGUCGUCUCUCAUCGAGAAUGCACUCGAUCUUCAAGCAUACAAUGGGUGGGCACGGAGCGCACCGUCGUCGGACACGCAGCUUUCCAAGAUCUCAGUGUGCUGUGGUACAGCGUAUCGUGGUCCGAAGGAAUCUUUGGGAAUAGCGGAGCAAAAGUCAAAGUGGCGGUGAGGGAUCCCCCGGCGCCCUUGGAUGCGGCACGACUGUAUAGCGAAAGCCAAAGGUUCGGCGAAGAGGUCGCGCGGUUUGUGGAGACAUGCGAGGGAAGCAGUGUAGGCGAUGGGGAGUGCUGGACAUUGGCCCAACAAGCUCUUGUGCAGCUGAACGCUACUAGCGGCCUGACAGGUCCUUAUGCAGUUUUCGAACCCAUCUCGUACACCCUUGGACAUCUUGUUUACGCUGGAGAGGCGGAUGCAGGAGGCAGGUGGAGAGGUGGAGACUACGCCUUGCGAAGAGGAGACAUCUUGCAGUGGAAAAGCGCUCGAUGUUCCCACGUCCAUUCUCCUGCCGGAUCGUACGUGGAUCUCGGAGCACCAGACCACACAGCCGUGCUGCUUUCCGAUGCAUCCGCUCCGGAGUGGUACCACGCCCUGGCUUCCGCAGCUGAUCCGCACGACGCUCCUCCGAUGGCCCCUCAGCACCUCGGUCAUUUGACAGUCAUGGAACAAUCGGCAAGAAGCGUCUGCAGCCGCACCACUUAUGAUCUGUCGACGCUUUCAAGGGGCAAUUUGCACGUCUUCAGACCCGUCUCGUACGCCGCGCUUGGUGGCAAGCCGGACAAUAGCUUUCCGAGUGAAGGCAAGAAUAUCAAAGUGUUCAAGUAGUGCCUGCUUGACGUAUACUGGGCCAAACCUCUGCUUGUCAUCAUCCCUUUAACACUGUUGGUCCCCCUCCUUCCUGUACUCUGUAUCGCGCAAUGUCACGCCGAGAUGCUCUGAUC